UUGGCCUUUGCUUUUUGACUCCAUGCCCAUCUCUCUCUCUCUCUCCUCUCCUUACUUCUUACCCUUUUUUUCUCUGUUCUUAUUAAACUGUCUUUAUAUUUCCCCUUUCUAUUCCUCUUUCACUCUCUGUUGUUUGAAACUCAAAACGAGAAAUCAAAGUCUCUUUUUCAUUAUGAGCGCUAAAAGCUGAUCUUUUUGAAGAUUAGUGCCCAUUUCUAAAGAUUGAUUCUUGUGUAAUAGUCAUGGCAGGUGAUAAUGAAGUUAACGCUGCUGAAUCUAAGAGAUUGGUUCCACUUAAUACAUGGAUCCUCAUUUCCAAUUUCAAACUGGCUUACAACAUGUUACGGCGGUCAGAUGGCACGUUCAAUCGCGAUUUGGCUGAGUUCUUGGAGCGAAAGGUCCCUGCUAACUCAUUUCCAGUUGAUGGGGUUUACUCUUUUGAUGUUGUUGAUCGGGCGACAAGCUUACUUAACCGCGUCUGUAGACCUGCUCCAGACAAUGAGGAUGAAUGGGGUAAAGUAGAACUUGAGAAACCUUUGAGUACCACAGAAAUUGUUCCUGUUAUUGUAUUUUUUCAUGGUGGAAGUUUUACUCAUUCCUCAGCUAAUAGUGCUAUUUAUGAUACAUUCUGUCGUCGCCUUGUUAGCAUUUGUAAGGCUGUUGUUGUAUCUGUGAACUAUAGACGAUCACCUGAGCAUCGAUACCCUUGUGCAUAUGAUGAUGGAUGGAGUGCUCUUAAAUGGGUAAAGUCAAGGCCAUGGCUUCGAAGCGGGAAAGAUUCAGAAGUUCAUGCAUACUUGGCUGGUGAUAGUUCUGGUGGUAACAUUGCUCAUCAUGUUGCUGUAAGGGCUGCUGAAAACGGGGUCGAAGUAUUAGGUAAUAUUCUCCUUCAUCCCAUGUUUGGUGGGCAAAAAAGGACUGAAUCUGAGAAGAGAUUGGAUGGUAAAUUUUUUGUAACAAUUCAAGAUAGGGAUUGGUAUUGGAGAGCAUAUUUACCACAAGGGGAAGAUAGGGACCAUCCGGCGUGUAAUAUAUUUGGACCUAGAGGUAAAAACCUAGAAGGAGUUAAGUUUCCAAAGAGCCUAGUUGUGGUAGCUGGUUUGGAUCUUGUUCAAGAUUGGCAAUUGGCUUAUGUUAAAGGUUUGCAGAAAUCAGGGCAUGAGGUGAAUCUACUAUACCUAAAGCUAGCAACGAUUGGUUUCUACUUCUUGCCUAAUAACGACCAUUUUCGCUGCCUAAUGAAGGAGAUAACCAGCUUCAUCCAUCCUAAGUCCUAACUGUUCAUAGAUUCACUUAACUUCAAUUAUAGCCAGCUUAUACAUAACAGAAUCUUGACCUUCCACUCAGGUUUUUCCUCUUCAGUAAUAUAUAGUAUAUCGUGUAUAUUAGAUGAUUAAGUAGAUACAUCUCACCCUUACUCGUACGUCGUUGGGUUGUAAUUCUCCAUCUGAGGAUCAGUUCUAUGGUCUUCUACAUGUAAAAGCAGUGAAGUCAGCCAAUCUGGUGCCUAAGAAUUGGUAUUUGAGUAAUUCAAAGAAGCUUCAGCUUGUUUUGAGCUUGCUUUGUGAAGUUCUGUAGAAAUGGGGUUGGGACUAUUGUAUUGAUAAUUAAGGCAGUAGAUUUCUAGGUGUCUCAGUUGUUUCCAGCAUCUAGCUACUACCACUAAAAAGAACUAAUUUCAGCUGGAUUGGAAAUUUCAUGCUGUGGCAACUUAUUUUGUAUUUUAUACUUUGUACUCUAGAGAUAUAAUAUAAAGAUUUUGUUCCUUUCUUUUUU